AUGGUCAACACGGAGAGCCCCUGCCAGGGGGCUUCGUCCGCGCCCCAGCUUCGGCCCGGCUGGGUGGAGCGAGAGGGAACCACCCUGAAGGGCGGCUCUGGGGAGAAUGUGUGGGUGCGCGUCACUAACGACAGCCAGACUGGGGCCCUAGAGGUGGCGAAGGUGUACUCCAACGCCACGCUGGAGCAGCAGCCAGAGCUGAAGCAGAUGGCGUACAAUGAGGCCGAUUUCCACCUGAAGCACGCCGGGGAGGCACCCAGCGCGGUGGUGCCUAUGAUCAACUCCCACUACGACCCGGAGCUCUUCGUGAUGGGCUUCCCGUACGCCGGCAGGCCCCUCCUGAGUUUCGUCUGCCAGCCGCUGGACGCGGCCUCCCUGUGGCGCAACGCGCUGCUGGGCUGCGAGUUCGUGAGCAGGGUGGUGCCCGCCAUGAGAUGGCUGCACGGCAAGGGCUUGGUCUACUUGGACUUCAAGCCCGAGCAGGUCCUGGCCCAGGUCGACCACCAGGCGCGCCGUCUACUCAUCAAUUGGGUGGACUUCGGGUCCCUCGCGCCGCGGGGCCAGUGCUGCGUCUGGACCGACGGCUUCGUGCCCCCCGAGGCCCUGGCCUGCUGUGGUGAUGUGGUGGGCAUCAACGCCGCUGCGACAGAGGCCUGGGACGCGUGGGCCGUGGGAACGGUGCUGAUGAUAUUGCAAUGCUGCAUCUGGUGA